AUGUCGGAGAAGAAGAGUGCGCCACGUAUGAGGCAUAAUUAUGAGGUAGCACCGGGAAUUAUGCGAUUUUCUGCUGCGCGGAUGUAUGCAAAACGCGGUGCGUAUGCCAAAAAAUCAUAUCCUCCUGUGGAGAAAAAAGUAGAACGUAAAGCAAAGGUUAUUGUGAAACCGAUUGGAGGCGAUAAAAAUGGUAAAAAACGAAAAGUUCUUGUUAAAAAAGGGCCGAAAUAUCUGAGGGAAGUUACAGUCACCCGGCGAAUAAAACGAUCUACGAAAAAAACGCCAUUGCGAUCGUCGAUCACUCCUGGCACCAUUCUAAUAAUACUUGCUGGACGACAUAAGGGCAAGCGUGUCAUCUUUUUAAAGCAGUUAGAAAAAUCGGGCCUUUUACUUGUCACAGGGCCGAUGAAACUCAAUUCCACUCCACUACGACGUAUAGCUCAGGCUUUCGUAAUUGCAACGAAGACAAAAAUUGAUAUAUCAAGAUUGAAAGUUCCAGGACACAUUGAUGAUGCCUAUUUUCGGAGAUUCAAUUCGAAAAAAGCUCCCAAAAAAGGCGAUGCCAAUAUAUUUGCACAAGGAACAACUGAGUACACCGUGUCGGAUCAAAGGAAAGCAGAUCAAAAAACUGUAGACAGCGUGAUAUUAGAAGUGAUUCGGGAGCAUCCAGAAAAGAAAUAUCUUUUUGGUUAUUUAGGCUCGAGAUUCGCAUUGGGUAAAAAUCAGUUCCCUCAUCAGAUGUUGUUCUAA